UGUGGCGGCCAUGAGAGCGGAUCGAGGACUAGUCCAAAGCUGCUGAUGUGAUUCUUGUGGGUUCGUUGUUUUGAACGCGCUGACACGUUGUGUCAUGUGAGGCGGCUGGACUCGUGGUCGCUGCUCGCUCUCGGUGAUUACUGUUAUUUCUAUGUGUGUUGUAUUGUGUUGAUAUAUUUGUUGGAUCGGGGGAUGUGAUGUGGGGCCCGUCGAUCUGGAUAGUCGGUGAGGUCACUCCCUGGUAAUGAAGCUCGGGGCUGUUGCACUGGUGGAGCUGUCACUGAGGGUGUUGCUGUGUGAACGAUGCCCGAGCCAUGUCUGAUGUUGAGGCCACGUACGCAGACUUCAUCGCCUCUGGCAGGACGGGACGAAGGAAUGCCAUGCACGACAUCCUACAGAGUCCCAGCGACCCAGAGGGACGAGAGCUGCCCCUCACCCUGUCACUGUCCCAGAUGCACAUCAACGCAGGAGGGGGAGAAGGAGACGACCUGGAGGACAGCCAGAGCUCCUCCUCAGCACAUCGGGAGGCUGAGCAGAGGAACAGCUAACCCACACGUGUGAUGCGUGUGGCUACGUAUGUGUGAUGAAUCCGUUUGUCUAAAGUGGGCGGGUAGCCACAGGGUAGCACCACUGCUGCUGAGGUGCCUAUAAGCAGGGCACUGACAAACUCUCAUGUCCCUGUGGCUCUGCUGUGCAGUAGAAUAACAGACUGAUUUCAGGGUGUUUUUUCAGAGUCGCUUUGAGAUGAAAGACACAUUUUGUAGCUCCUGUAGAGCUGAUCUUCAGUCCUAGUUACUAAACACACGGUUCGGACGACUGGAAAGAAACCAGAAAGAGAUCCUGUGUGAGUUUUGUAAUAGUGUAAGCAAUUUGUGAGACCACUGAGACGUGCUGAUGUAAUGGGUCACAGUGGGAGUAGCAUGUUUGUAGAGCUUGUGAGGCUGAUAGAGAUUAUAUUGCCAGUUAAUGGCUUGUGCUUCUUUUAAAUUGACAACACUGUAGAGGGAAUGGAAAUUCUCCCCUGUAGUAGUGCUGGAAAACAACAUGAACAAAAACACUGAGAUCUGGUUACUGAAAGGUGUAACUGUGUUUGCUGGUUUUGUAGAAAGUGUUUGAUGAACAAUUUUUCGGACGUGUGCUGCAUGUGACACUGGACUAUUCUGUAGAAAGCAGCAGAGUGUAUCAGUUGGAAGGAAGGUGGUGUGAUACCAGCCACAUACAGUUAGAAAAGGAGACAUGCUCCAGUGGUUAAAAGAGGAAGGAUGAUGUUGGAUUACGAUACUUUUAAAAUACUUUUGUACUCGUCUAAUAACCCUAUUAUAAUCACAACCAUAAAGCUGAGAAUUAGAAGAUUACCACCACUCUCAUGUCAGUAAAUUAAACAUGUAGCAGGAGUCAGCAGAGGGGAAGUUUAGCUUAGCAUACAGUCUGGGAACCAGCUAGCCUAGCUUUAUCCUAAGGCAACAAAAUCCUUCUGCACCUUUGAAAUGAUACAAUUAGCAAGUAGUAUCAGUUUGUAAAAUUUAAAUGAUUGUUUAAUUCAUAUCAAAUGUUGCCGUUGGUAAUUUUUACUUAAUUCUUUUGAAUUAAUUACACAAAUGAGAUACAAUAAGUUAAGCUUUAGAGCCUAAAAGGUACCGCUAGGCUACAUUUGCUAUGUGUGAAUGGGGCCAAGCUAUUGGUCUUUCUGCUUAACUAUGAUCAAAGCUGUAAAGGUCUGGGUCUGCUGAUUUGUUUCACUCAUAUCUGAAUUUGGUUAAUGAUUUUGUUACAUUCGAUAUCCAUUUGAAUGGAUAACAUAGGAGCAGUUUUUUAAGGAACAGUUAUUACACCACAGAUUGGCUAAAUAUGUUCAACUAUUCACCAUUAAUGUACUUUAGCCUCGUUAUACAGGAGCAAUACUGUUGUUUUUCUUGUUUACAUGACAAAAUGGAACAUGAGCUAGCAAGCUACUUAGCUAAACUUAGCUGACUGGCUGUCUGCUCCUGCUAUAUGAUCAGUACACAUGUUAGAGUGGUAUUCAUCUUCUCAUCUCAAAGCAGCAAAGUGAGUCUCCCAAAAUGUCAAACUAUUCCUUAAAUGUAGAUAUGCAAUACUCAGUGGAGCUUCCAGUACGUGUAACAUGUUUGUGUAAACGUUGUCUGCCUCUGACACGCAGGCUGAGCUACAUCCUGCAACUUCGUGUUUUAAUGGAUACAUCCCAUAAUCAUCAUCCAUAACGACCACCAUGCAUGCAUCUUACGAGCUGUAUUUAGUCAUUUUUCGUCCCCAGUUUUACGGAGUGUAAUCUUACUGAAAGACUGCAGCUUGACUGUGUAUCUCUCGUAUUCAUGCUGAUAAUAUUAAAGUAAAUAUAGCUCCUUUUUAUAUAAUACUCGUUCCGUCAGGUUUUCAAAUUGUAAACUGCCAUGUGACUGUAUAGUAACUCACUCGCACUACACUAACUACACUGUCUAGACCCUGCUGUUCGUUAUUCAGCAUGUAGACACAUGGCAGAUGCAUGAUUCUGCUAAUUGUGUAGGUGUUUGUCUGACUGUAUAUAACCAUGUUUUCUACUUCUUGUGUCUAUUAAAGUAAAAUAAACAAUGGAUGAGAGUGAA